GACAAGUUGGGGCUUGUCUGAGAGAGGCCAAUGAGCUGAACUUCCUCAAUCUGCUGUGAGCCAUGCUGCACCACUUCUCUGCUACCAGCCGGACACAGAAGAGCCGUACAGGGGAUUCUUAGAGCAAAAGACCCUCGAUCUGGCUCUUGAAACCAAGACAACUCAUACGAGUGACUGCCACUGGUGCCCAUUCCAGUGUUGACUCUCAUCCUGUGUGAGCGUGGAUUUCACCAUGGCAACCGGGCCUCAGGGUAACCGAGGACUAAGGUUUGGCCCUAGUGACUGGCUGAUUGCUGUGUUCAGGGCCUGCUCCAGAGAUCCAACCGAGGUGAUUGAAACGAGACUGACAUCUAUGCUACGCACAUUUCUGCAACACCACAGGGAUAAUGCAGGAAAUGAGAACACCAAUGAUUUGGCAGCAAAGUGCUGCUGUGAAGCCAGGAUCUGGUAUUACAGGAUCCUCAAGUGCCUCGCCAGUCAAGAGAGGAAGAGGCUGGGCAUCAGUGACAUCUCGGUCAUCUUGGAGAAUGAUCUUUUCCAGUGCUGUCUGGUGGCCUGUUGUCUGGAGAUUACCAUAUCCUCAAACCAUCUACCAUAUGACUUUCCCCUUCUCCUUCAGAUCUUAAAACUGGCACCAUAUCACUUCCUGAAGGUGAUUGAGCUGGUGUUGCGGGCUGAAGUGGCCCUGCCUCGCGCUGUAGUCAGACACCUCGCCCAAGUUCAAGAGAAAGUUCUGGAGAACUUGGCCUGGACCAGCAACUCGCCGCUGUGGGAAGACAUCAGAGCCAACGAGGACCAUCUGCCUACCUGCAAACAGGUGAUGCUUCCUACACAGCUUGAAGAUUCAGAGAGAACAGACUUUCAACCUGACAGAAACCGACCAGGAGUGGAUCUCAAUUUGGGAGCUGAACUGUCUGACAGCACUGACCAACAGCGUUCCCCGUCAGCUGGAAACAGGCCUCAGAGAAGCAACCCCCUCCAUCUGUUUGCUCGCAAGGUUUACAGCUUGAUGGGUAAGCGUCUGAGGGAGCUGUGUUCCACACUGAACAUUAGGGAUGAGCUGCGGCUGAAGAUCUGGACUGGUUUUGAAUACUCUCUGGUCCACUCCACUGACCUCAUGGUAGACCGUCACCUGGACCAACUGCUCCUGUGUGCCAUCUACAUUAUACCUAAGAUUACAAAGCUGGAGAUACCCUUCAAAUGCAUAAUGAAGUGCUACAAGUCUCAGCCACUUGCCAGCAAAAGUGUCUGCAAAAAUGUGCUGAUGUCCAGAAGAGAGACAGAAAAUGAUCUCACGGGAAACAACAAUAAUGGAAACCACGGCGUCAGUAUCCCAACCCCCAACACACUGUCAACACAUUACCCAGAACAAAGCCAGGAGAGGGGAAAUCUUAUUUACUUUUACAACCAGAUCUACACGACAAAGAUGCAGCACUUUGCCAAGCAGUUUGCGCCAACCUCUGCAGGAGACACUCCUCCUUUGUCUCCAUACCCCCGGCAGUGGAAAGCAUCUCCUCGCAGACAGCGGCUGUCCAGCAGCCACUCCAUCUACAUUUCACCACACAACACAGAAACCACUCCCCCCCGUACACCCGGACUCUCGUACUACUUCAACUCAAGCCCCCGAGAGUGUCUGCGUGAGAUAAAUAACAUGAUCAGGACGGGCAGGUCACCCAACAGGCGAUGCUAUGUGGUAUCACUGGAUAGAGAAGAGGGAAAGGAGGGAGAAGGGGAGGAAGAGGAGGAAGAUGGUCCUUCAGUGAAGAGGCUUUGCUUGGAGGGUCAGUCAGCCUGGCAGAGGCGACUAAGGAAUGUGGUGAAUGAUCGCGUGACAAGAAGAGACCAACACCAACCAUCUCCAGUUACAAGGCCUAAGCUGCACUAGAGCAGAGAGGAGCACGAAGUCUCACUGCUCCAGUUUCUGAGGCUGUAACUACAAUGGCAGGUGUUCCUUUACAGAUAUCUGUGGAAGGAACACUUUGCCAAUAUUAAAAAAAGGGAAUAUCGGGUGCCCGGAUAGCUCAGUUGGUAGAGCGGGUGCCCAUAUAUAGAGGUUUACUCCUUGAU